AUGGCUGACCUGGACGCUGAGCUUCUCGCCCUGGCGGGAGGCGAUGAUUCUUCCGACGAGGAAUCUCCCGCCAUCUCGCAGCAGAAGGACAAAGAUAAAGAGCGCCAGGGCUCUGCCAGCAGCCCAGCCUCCAACGACCAAGACGACGACGCAGACAACAUGGGUCGCAAGGGGAUAGCCCGACCGGUCAAACGCCAGCGCAAGAGAGCCAGAGCUUACGAUGAAGAUGAAGAAGAGGGUGAGCUCUCCUCAUCCAGCGUUCACUCUCGCCGCUCGCUUCGAUCAGCAUCCAUGUCCGAAUCAGAGUCAGAUACCUCUCCUCCCCCUGAGGAAAACCAGGGCCCCAUAUUCCCUUACGAAAAGCUAUUCUACUCCGCCAAAGACAAGAGCGAAAUCAUGGCUCUGCCUGAAAUUCAGCGAGAGGAGCUGCUCUCUGAACGAGCUCAGCAAGUCGACCGUCAUAACCAGGAUAUUGCCCUCCGCCGUUUGUUGGCCAACAGAGAGCGAGAGGAAGCUCGUGCAGCCGCCAAGAAGAAGCGUAAGGCCGGUUCGGCUGAUUUGGAAGAUAGCCAGCGCAAGAGUUCACGCAAGAAGACUGUUCUCGGUGGACGCAAGGUAGGCGAGCCAUCAGAUGCGAUCGAAGCCUACAAGCGUCAAAGAGAGCAAAAGGGGAAACGAGAUGAGCAGCGUCGGCGUGAUGCUUCCUCGCGAAAGAACAACAAUACCGGCAGUUCUCCCGCUCGAGAGGCAGACGGUGGAGACGCCAGCGGUGAAAGUGAGGUCGAGUGGGACGAUAAGCCUCGACGCCGGAGUGUCUCGCCUCCACCUUACGAUCCCCCCGCUGAACUGCGCGAUCUACAGCGUGCUAGAAUCGCACGCAGCGGCUUUGCCCAGGUCUGUUUCUACCCGGGUUUCGACCAGGCCAUCAGUAAUUGCUACACCAGGGUAACUCUGGGGCCAAACCCGACAACCGGCGCACCAGAGUACAGAAUUGGCCUUAUCAAGAAAUUCACUGAAGGACGCGCGUAUGCCAUCGAAGGGCCAAAUGGACGCAACUUUGUUACCACUCAGUACUGCGUUCUCGCCCAUGGUAAAGCCGAGAGAGCUUUCCCAUUUAUUAUGUGCUCCGAGUCUCCGUUCACUGAGGCUGAGUUUAACCGUUAUCGAAAAACCAUGGCAGUGGAAGGUUUCAAGAUGCCCACAAAGUCCGCUGUUGAUAGAAAAGUGGCGGACAUCAAUCGCCUGCUAGCACACGACUUCACUAAGGAGGAGCUCGAGGAGAAACUGCGUCGCCAGGGCACAAACGACAACAAACAGGCCGUCUACAACCGUAUUCAGCUCGAACGCCGCCGCAACGAGGCCAUCGCCAGCAAGGAUGAAGCCGCUAUCGCUGAGUGUGAUGCUGAGCUCGCCCGUCUGACUGGGCCCAAGCUCGCCUUUGGCACCACGCUGGUCAAGCCCCGCCCCAGCGAGAAGUCGCAGCAAGAACGUCUUGCCGACCUGAACAUGCGUAACCAGAAGCUCAACACUGAGAAUGUGCGCAAGGCCCAGCUGGCUGAACGCAAGGCAGCCAAAAUAGCUGCCGCAGCCGUCGCCCGAGGAGAGGCCGUCGCCGAUCGCUUUGCACGUGUCAAAACCAGAGCAAGGACAUACUACGAGUCCACAGAUGGCCAUCUCGUUCCCCUUAAGCCUGAGGCAGCCAUUGCAGACCGCAGCCGCGCCAUCACCCCGGCCAGUAACAACAACACCGAUGCAACCAACACGCCUGCCAACGGAACCAGCCCAAGCAGCGGUACUCCAGCCAAGCCAGCUACUCCAAAGGUCUACAAGGGCGUUCCCGUCAUCCGCCACCGGCCUACAGACGAGGAUAACAUCGCCGCCCUGGACUUUGACUUGGACAUCGACAUUGAGAUCUGA